AUGGGAUCCAUUUCUAAUUCAGAUGGUCGUUAUUACCUGAAUUCUAGCGACUCGCAAGGGGUGUACGGAGGCCCUUUUGAUAAAGAGUUUGACAAGAUGAGUGCAUCGCAGCAAGAUCUCGCUAAGGAGAAGAUGUCGGAGAAAGACAUAGAGUUGGCCAACGAUGAGUUCAUUGAGGCACAAAUCUUGGAAGAGUCUCAGCAUCAAAUCAACUACAGGAAUUGCUCGUGGCAAAAGACUGCUGGGUUGUUAUUCUCAGAGUAUAUUUGUUUGGCUAUCAUGUCGUUUCCAUGGUCGUAUUCGGUGUUAGGAUUAGUACCGGGAUUAAUCUUAACGGCAUUUGUAUCGCUUACCGUUUUAUACACCGGUUUGAUCAUCACCGAUUAUGUUGCAGCAUACCCGCAUGUCACCAAUGUUUGUGAUAUAGGGCAACAUCUUUUUUUUGGUUCUAAGACAGUGUGGUAUAUCACUGCAUUGAUGUUUUUGCUUAAUAAUACUUUAAUUCAAGCGUUGCACGUCUUGACGGGUGCAAAGUACUUUAAUACUGUUAGUGACAAUACAACAAUCUGUUCGAUUGUCUUCGCAGUUGUUUCUAUGAUAAUAUGUUUUUUGAUCUCAUUACCAAGAACGUUUUCGUCAUUAUCAAGUGUUGCAUAUUUUAGUGCGAUUACUAUGUUUAUUGCCGUUAUUCUUUCGAUGAUUUUUGCUGGUAUUCAGGACCAUCCUAGCGGUUACGAUGAAUUACAUGAACCUGUCGUUUGGAGACUUUUCCCAGCUAAAGGCACCACUUAUGUUCUGGCUAUGUCUGCGUUUUUGAACAUUGUGUAUACGUUUGUUGGACAAAUCACGUACCCAUCUUUUAUCAGUCAAAUGAAAAGACCAAAGGAUUUCAAAAAAGCAUUGUACAUUGUUACAUUGUGCGAACUUAUAACAUUUGCUCUUUGUGGGGCUAUCGUUUAUGUCUACGUGGGUGAUGCUUACAUGGUUGCACCAGCUUUUGGAGGAUUGUCUGGUAACUAUAAAAAAAUUGCCUUUUCAUUCGCUUUACCCACUAUUCUCUUUUUGGGUGCCUUGUACGGUAACGUUUCGUCGCAAUUUUUGUUCCUCAAGAUUUUCAAUAAAGAUUCUGCUCACAGAAAUAACCAUACUGUUGUCGGAUGGAGUACGUGGAUAGGUUUGAAUUUCGUGCUUUGGGUCAUUGCCUUCAUUAUUGCUGAAGUUAUUCCUUUUUUCUCCGAUUUGCUUUCCUUGAUGUGCUCGCUUUUUGAUUGUUGGUUCGGAUUCGUUUUCUGGGGUGUUGCAUUCUUUAAGUUGAAGCGUUUACAUUAUUCUAAGCUAGGUGAAUCUAAGUUGUCAGUGGUCAAAAUCUUUCAAAGAGCAACCAUCGUUGGAAAGAUAGAAGUAAUUAUAAAUAUAUUCCUCAUUGGUGUUGGUAUUUAUAUUCUAGGACCUGGACUAUACGCUACAGUUCAGAGUAUCAUUCUUUCCUAUCAAGCUGAUGCCUACGGAUCAGUGUUUUCAUGUGUAAGUAAUGCCAUCUAA